GGGAUCAAAUGUUAGGGGUGGCUAUGGAGAGGUCUAGGCUCUUGAUGGCAUUGGCUCAAUCAGCCAGGGAGAGCGACUGUUGGUGAAGGAGCUCAAAGAUGGGAUUAGCCACAGGAAGGAAGCAGAGGGGCUGGAAGGCCUGGAGAGCAGGGGAGACUUCCCUCCCACGCUGCUGAAGGAGGUGGCUCAGGCCGAGGGGCUUCCCGGACUCCCAGACAGAGCAGCACCUGCUCACCAUGCUGCCCCUCCUUGCCCUGCUUCUCCUGGUUGGGCCGUCGGUGUGCACUACAACAGGAGACAGAAAGCGACUGAGUCUUGGCACAGAAGCAGAGUCCUGGGUGACCGUGAACCUGAAGGGAAUCCCAAUUGCCAGCAUUGAGCUCCAGCUUCAGGAGAUGAAGAGAAGCAGAACUCGCCAGUUCUACGGUCUGAUGGGGAAGCGGGUGCAGGGAAUACAUCCGACCCAGCCAAAGGAAAGAAUGGGGUAUCAGCUGGGACGAAUAACGCAGGACCUCCUUGGCGAAAGAGGUCUGUCCAUGGAAGGAACCUGCAGACAGGAGACACACCACCAGAGUGCAGGGCCCGGCACAGUGGCCACAGAAGGCCUUCAGAGUCAAAGAGGGAGACCAGACCCUCUCAGUCACGAGCAACGUGUAGCUCUCUCCCUGGACACAGAAGAGGAUGGCCAGGGUUCCGAGUGAGCCCCAAAUAUGCUUCCCAAAGGAUGCCAUGUCCAUAAUCCCUGAGCAUCACAGCUGAAGAGCCUAAGGCCAACGGUCCAGUGUCUUCUGUCCUCAGCUUGGGCAUUUCAUGCCAGGCCUGCACAGAACCCUGCAUUUCUUCCACAAUUCUUGGCUUCAGGUAGCAAUGGCACACAACGUAGUGCUGCCUCACAGGAGGGAGUGACCCAGCUCGCCCCUGCACCCAGGCUCUCAUGUCUAUGUAUUACAGGGUGGGUUUCACACUCUGUAUCCCAUGCCCAACACACAGUGGAGCUCAAUAAAUGAGUGAGCAGUA